AUGAUCAAAUUCACUUCAAAACACAGUUACCAACCCCACACCUUCAUCUCCCAAAAUGACCCACUAAGCCAGCUUCCAUACGAGCUCCUCUGCCUAAUCAUCGACUACACAGCAGACUGGAUCACCUCUCACGAGGAUCAGCACGAACAUCAUCAAAAGCCCACCCCGAAGCCAUCCGCCUCGUCGAAACUGUCCUCGAAAACAUACCCCAUCAUGUCCCUUCAACUCCGCCGCCACUUCCGCAUAAUCACCAAACUACGCCAGUUCUCUUCACAACCAGCUGAAGAGACGAUUCCUCCCCCUCCUCAUAUCUACUACCAACCCACACCACCGUACGAGCUGCACGAUGUGGGACCUUCUUCAUGGUUCGAGGAGUAUCGCGUUUACCAUGAUGAUGAUGUGGCGGUGUUGAUGUGGAUUGAUGUCGCUGAGGGCGAGAUACGUACUGAUCUUGAGUUGUUGGAAGGGUUGGUUGGGAUUUGGGGGUUUGUGGAGGGGUGGAUUGUAUACAAUAGUACUAGGGAAGGGGGAGGGGGAGAGGGAAUGGCUUUGGAUAUGUUAGUACGAUUGAAAGAAGAUACUCCUAGAACAUUGUGCUCUAGUGUAACAGCUAGGAAAGUUACUCCAGACUGA